AACAACCAUCAGAUAACAAAGUAUGAGCCGAAGAACUCCAUCAAAUCAAAUCUCACUCAUCAAACUUUAACAUUUAACUAUCACAAUAUGUUUUCUUUUCUUAUCUUCUUGUUGGAGGCUUUUCAGGUGGUUAUUGCUACCGUGGUCUCCAUAGUCUUCUUAGUGUUCGCGGGUCUAACACUGGUAGGUUCAGCCACGGCAUUAACCAUAACAACACCGCUUUUUAUUAUAUUCAGUCCGAUUCUUGUACCAGCCACGAUAGCCACUGCUGUCAUAACCACAGGAUUCACCACGGGUGGCGCACUCGGAGCGAUGGCCGUUGCUCUCAUCAGACGUAGGAUGGGAGCUAAGCCGACUGCGGAAGGAACUUCGUCAGCCCAACCUCUUCUCAAAUUGCCAGUUUAUGGUGGAUAUGGAGGAUUUUGGGGAGGAAAGAAAUUUUCUGGAACAUUCGGAAAUAAACCAGGGGGUGGAAAUCCGUUUGGAGACAUCUCAAAAUGGCUCGGACCAGGGGCCGCAGGUGGAGGUGCACCUGGAGGAUUAGGAGGGGGCGGAAAUCCGUUUGGAAACAUCUCAAAAUGGUUCGGACCAGGGGCCGCAGGUGGAGAUGCAUCUGCUGCUGGUGGUGCACCUGCCGCUGAAGCUGCACCAGCCGCUGGAGCUGCGCCUGCCGCUGGAGCUGCGCCUGCCGCUGGAGCUGCGCCUGCCGCUGGAGCUGCGCCUGCUGCUGGAGCUGCUCCUGCCGCUGGUGGAAGUACACCACCCACAUGGUAAAGGAAAUAAGUCAAGUUGUUCCAACAUGUAUAUUGUGCAUUGAUUCAUAAGGAAACAAAAGCUUUUUAAAACGUCUUUUGCUCAUAUGUAUUCUCCAAGGUCAAAGCUGCUUACACAAGACUAUGCUACAAUGUUCAUUAAUUUAUAGUAUAAAUCAUAUAGCUCGAUGAACAAAUGGGAACGUAUAAUGUAUAAUGUACGGUCGACUCUUAGACCAUGUACAUUGCACAUUUAGUCGGCAUUGUAGUCUGUAAAUCAUACUAUAUCAAUUCUUAAGGUUUUUAUAUACUAAGUAAUUUUAAAUUGAAAA